CGGAGAGAUCCCGGUUGCUCUGUCACCACCCAGAACUCAUCUUGAGUGAACGCCGAAUUGACCGUUGUCGCCCUUUUACAAGGGUUUCCGUUGUAGUCUCAGGAAACCGUGCAUGAAUCCUUUACAAAAGUCGGUAUCAGAAAGGACAUUCAUUGCAUCAAUUCGCGAGAUAGAUACCUUGGAGCCGCUCAGCAACAUCUCAUUCCCAAGACGCAUUCUGCCCUUGUCCCUCAGACCCAACCAUGCCCAAGGAAGUCCCGACCAAGUUCAAAGGCAUAUUCGACGCCAAAACGGGCGAAGAACGGAUACAGGCAUGGCUCGCCCUCGACAAAGAUGAAGCGGGCCACUUCGAGUUUGGCAACUGGACGGGCGCCCUGAUGCCCUCCGUGACUCUCCUCUCCACGACGCUGGCCCCUAACCCCUCCGCCACCUUCUCCUUCACGGUCCUCCCGGACCACUGCAACCGCGGCGGCAACCUCCACGGCGGCGCCGCCGCCACCCUCUUCGACUCCCUCACCAGCCUUCCCUUGGCCCUCGUCAACGACAAGCCGGGCUACUGGCAGUUCCUCGGCGUCUCCCGCACUCUCAACUGCAGCUACCUGCGCCCGGCCCCCGCCGGCGAGGAGUGCCUCGUCGAGUGCGAGAUCGUCCAAAUCGGCAAGACGCUGUGCCAGCUGAGGGGCACCCUCCGCCGGAAGCGCGACGGCCUCGUGCUGGCCACGUGCGAGCACCACAAGUUCAACACGGACCCGCCGGCGAGCAAGCUGUAAGGAAACAUGACGCAUCAUGCAUGCUAUCUAGGAAAAGAUUCCCCGUGUCA